AUGGGGUGGCUGGUCGAGGGCAAGCUCCAGAGGGGCGCUCCAAAAUGCACAGGCCAGGACAUGCGGUAGCCUCACAGGUCACCCCUCUUGCUUUUACCCUCCUGGAUUCCGCCAUCACGCAGCGCCUGGAGCAUCCAUCCCAUCCUCCACCACCAUUCUUCCAUUACGCGCGCAGCCAUCUGGUGCUGUCACCGCCCUACAUUCUUCGUCCACCGGCCAUUACCGGUGCUGUAUCGCCAUUUUUAUGCACAUUGCGCGGAAUGAGAGAGGGACACGCCAGCUUCACCAUAGCCAUCACCACGCUUUAACGCCCACGCGCGCCCGGCAUUCGAGCCAUCUCCCC